UAACAUAACAAAUUAACCAACACAAAUCAACAACAACUCCACUACAGUCACAUUAAGAGUUUCAUUUCUGAUUCAUUAUCAUAUCAAAUCUAAAUCAUGAGUGCUACAGCAGCAACCAGAGCAUGGGUCGUGGCAUCAAGUGUUGGGGUAGUGGAGGCAUUGAAAGAUCAAUUGGGUGUCUGCAGGUGGAACUAUGCUCUAAGGUCAUUGCAGCAGCAUGCCAAGACUAACAUCAGAUCUUAUGCUCAGGCCAAGAAAUUGUCCUCUGCUUCCUCUGCUGCUGUUUCCAACAAGGUCAAGAGAACCAAGGAUGAGUCUAUGAAAAGAGUCAUGGACUUAAAUUGCUGGGGUCCUAGUACUGCAAGGUUUUAAUUUGGAGAUCUAUAUGACUAUAUGUAAUGCAAUCCCAUAUAAAUCAUGAUGAUGCAGCUGCAAGUUAAUUAAUUACCUCUUUGUAGCCCUAUGAUCUCAUCUCCCUUAUGUAUCUCAUCAACCAUAAAAGUUUUGUCAAUGAAUAGUAUAUAUUAUUGCCUA